AUGUCUAUGCAGCAAUAUCGGAAAGAAAAAAAAUUAGUCGAAGAAGCAGUAGCAAAAGUGCGUGAGGUGGUGCACACAGCUUCCAAAAAUGAUAUUAUCCUUGCACUUCAUAAUUUUGAUUUUGAUAUAGGCAGGACGAUACAGGCUUUUUGUGAUGAUGGUGCGCAAAGCGCUUUAGUUUCAUGGGAACGAUCUGGUGGUAACGAUAAAAAAAAGAAUCAGAAGAAAAAAAAGGCCAAAAAUCAACGACCAAAUUCACCAACUGCAGAAAUUUCAUCUUCUAGUACUGCACCAUCUUCAACCCUUCCAGUCUCAAAUGAAAUGAUUUCAUCAGACGUUGCAGGGAUGCCAGAUUCAAUAAUUACUCGAUCUGAUAAAUUAUCUUUGUCAAGGUCUGAAGUGCAGCAAAAAGUAACUAACAGUGCUGCAAAAGUGUCUUCUACUAGUUCUGUUUCAUUUAAAGCAACACCACCAAGCGAUGUGCAUAGCGUAGACGAUAAUAGUGUUAACGAAGUGGUUUCAGAUGUUGUAGAUACAAAGGAUCACAAUAGGCAGAUUGAAAAUAUAGAAACUAUAUUUGAAAAUGAAAUCUCUGUCGCUGAAGAAAAUGUCCGAAAUUCAUUUAAGUGUAUUCGCCAAAUCUUAGUUGAACGUGAAAGUCAUUUGUUGGCUGAAUUGCGAAGAGCGCAUGAUGAAGGCGUUCGAUAUUUCAAUGAGCGUCGAGUAAAAUCUGGAGAAUUGCAUGAUCGUGCUAAACGAAUGAGUGCUAUGAGUGAUCGAGAACAAGCAGAAUUAAAAGAUGAAAUGGCAAGAUUUAGUGCCGAAAAAGAAAGCGAGGAGAAGAUUGCACGCACAACUCGUUUUCAGAGUGAUAAUGCUCAGCUGAUUAAACUUGUUAAAAAUUUUGGAGAAGUAGUUGGUGUCAGUAAUAUGGCUAGGAUUAUGAAAAAUUCAGUAGCGCGUCAAGCGGUGUCUACUGCUCCAAAUGGUAAUAUCAAUCAUUCGACUAGUCAUUCCUCUAUUGUAAGCUCACUUGGAGAAGAUUCAGGUCUGGGACAAAUUAGCCCCACUGGAAACGAGAGUAAAAAUGUAGCAGAAAUAGCGAAUGGAGGAAUCAUGAUGAAAUCUGAUGCUCUAACAGCUGAGCAGCUUGCUGACCUUAAUACAAAACUGCAAGAAUCUCUCAAAGCACAGGGUAUUGACAUGUCAGUUUUGUCUGGUAUUGGAAAUAGGAUGCCAACUAGACGACGACCUCCUGGAAGUGGUAGGAGUGGAGUGUCAAGUAAUAUGCGAGGAAGGCGAAGUGGGCCACAGCGUGGAGGAGGUCUGGGUAAUAAGACAUCAAUUAUUCGUGUCCCUGAUAUAUCUAUUUUAGAAUCCUAG